AUGGAAGAUUGGGAAGCAAAGCUAACUGAGGAAGAAGAGAUGAUGAUGAGUAGUGAUGAUGAUGAUGUUACCCAUGAUCAGUCAUCAGAAAUACCGCAAGAUGAAGGUCAAGCAAACUCUCGUAAAAAAAGGAGAAAGACAUCAGAAUGGUGGGAACAUUAUACUGAAAUUGGAGUAGAUCCAAACGAUGGCAAGAAUAGAGUUAAAUUUAACUACUGUGACGAGAAACUUCUAUCUAGACCAAACACAGGAACAUCAGUUAUGAAGCGCCAUCAUUUAAGAUGCAUCAAGAAGCCAAAAUAUGGUCAUGUGGGGAAUAUGAUAAUUGAUGCAGAUGGAAAGACGAAGAAACUGAAGAUUGAUCAAACUGUUGUCCGAGAGAUGUUUAGCAAGGUUAUAAUUCGGCAUGAUCUUCCGUUUGCUAUUGUUGAAUAUGAAGAGGUGAGACGUUUUCUUCAGUAUCUGAACCGGGAUUAUAAGUUAUACAGCAGAAACACAGCAGCAAUGGACGUUGUUAAAACGUGGGAGAGCGAAAAGAAAAAACUGAAGUUGGACUUGGAAAAUAUCCCGAGUAGGAUAUGUUUAACUUCAGACUGUUGGACUGCAAUUUCUGGUGAAGGUUAUAUAUCUUUGACAGCUCACUACGUAGAUGAAAAGUGGAAUUUGAAUAGCAAGAUCUUGUUAUUUUGUGACAUGCCUCCCCCACACACCGGUGAUGCCUUGGCUAGUAAAAUCUAUGAAUGUCUUAAGGAGUGGGGAAUUGAAGAGAAGAUAUUCACUCUUACUCUAGACAAUGCCUCAAAGAUAUUCACUCUUACUCUAGACAAUGCCUCAGCGAAUGACACUAUGCAAGACAUACUAAAAGAGCGGCUUAAUCUUGAUGACAACCUGUUAUGUGGAGGUGAGUUCUUCCAUGUCCGAUGUUCUGCGCAUAUCUUGAAUCUUAUUGUCCAAGAUGGACUAAAGAUUAUUAGUGGUGCUUUGGCCAAGAUCAGAGAUAGUGUGAAAUAUGUCAAAGCUUCAAGAGCGAGAGGGAUUGCAUUCCAGCAAUGCGUAGAAGGUGACGAUGAAGUAGUUUUGUCUAUGGAUGUUCAAACGAGAUGGAACUCAACUUUUCUGAUGCUCGAGAGAGCUUUGAAUUACCAACGUGCUUUUAACAGAUUAAAAGUGGUUGAUAAGCUCUACAAGAAUUGUCCAUCAGAUGAAGAAUGGGGAAGAGCAUCAAAAAUAUGUGACAUUCUAAGGCCGUUUUACAAGAUUACUACAUUGAUGUCGGGGACAAGUUACUCUACGUCUAAUCUAUAUUUUGGGCAUGUUUGGAAGAUUGAACGUCUGCUGAGACAAAAUUCAAACAACGAUGACAAUCUCAUCCAAGAGAUGGCUAGUAAGAUGCAGAUUAAGUUUGAUAAGUAUUGGGACCAAUACAGUAUUAUUCUUGCCAUGGGUGCUGUUCUUGAUCCUAGAAUGAAAACUAAGCUUUUGAAGCGUCUUUACGAGAAGCUUGACGAUCCACUAUCUUGUAAACUAAAGUUGGAUCAUCUGAAGAAGAAAAUGGCCAAGCUAUUUGAAGAGUACGAGAAAAGGUUUCCUAUGGCUGUAAAUUCUAGGAGUCCAUCUUUCCCGUAUCACCAUCCCACUGAACGUGGCAGAGAGAACUUUGAUAAUGAUUUGUUUGACUUAGAUGAUGCUUAUGAUGCUGCGGAUGAGGGAAAGUCAAUUUUGGAUGUGUACUUGGAAGAACCAAAGUUAGAGAUGAAAAAUUUUCCUGACAUGUGUGUUUUAACGUAUUGGAAAGAGAACAGACAUCGGUUUGGUCCUUUAUCAAUAAUGGCGUGUGAUGUGCUCAGCAUUCCUAUCACUACGGUAGCUUCAGAAUCAUCCUUCAGUAUUGGUUCACGUGUUCUAAAUAAAUAUCGAAGUCGUCUUCUUCCUAAGCAUGUGCAAGCUCUACUUUGUACGAGAUCUUGGCUAUUUGGUUUUACACCGGAUGAAAAAGAUAAUGGAAUGGAAGGAGAUGGUGCUGAAGAAGUGAAGAACCAGAUGCAUUCAAAGAAGAUUGAAGUGUUCAUUAGAUUUUAUUCUAUGGUUUUAUAA